CCGUAUCAUGCUUGUUGUACGUUUCAGAUGACAUGUUAACCGUUUUUCACAAAUCCUUUAUUGAUUGGCUUCUAGCAAAGGGCUACAAAGAUCACCAGUAUACUGUCAAGGUCGAUGAUGGACAUAGAUCGCUUUGGCUUUUAUGCGAAAAGGUUUUUAAAGAAAUUAAAGAUAAAGGUGUUCUUUCAGGACUUGAGGUGAACUUUACUAAUGACGUGGAAUACGCUCUGAAACAUGGUUUAAAACAUCUAGAAAAGAGUGAAAUGGAGGAAGGUGUGUUUUGGUCAGUUGAUGUUAUUAUCGUAUGUUAUAUGUUAACUGUAAACGAUUCAAGUAAAUUGCGGCCUGCAUUUCGUACCAUGUCAUUGAAUUCGAGUCUUUUUAUAAUGCCCUGAGACCGAUAAGAAUGGAUAAAAAAAAUUCAAAACAAUUUCUUUCGACAGUAUUUUCACAAUGGUAUUUACAAGCGGUUCUUACCCAUUCUCCAGAAGGUUAUUUCAGCGAUGAUGAAAAGAAAAUCACGGAGACACUACUAUCAAACCUUUCACCUUUUGUCGAGUCGAAUUCUUACGAAGUUUCGGUUUUGCCACGAGCAGUCUGGAAACACAGUGACUAUGUUUGUAUUACAGCUGUUGCUUUAUCUAACAAUUCGAAAAGUGUAGCAUUUGUAAGAGAGAAUUUUAUCCAUGUGAUAUCCCUACCAACUUUAGUUGAAAUUAUGAGUUUUUCAACAAAAUUGGAAAGAAUUCCAUGCUGUACAUUUUCUCCAGACGAUUCGCUCAUAUUAUUUGGUAAACUGGAAACGAUGUUUAACAUUGCUGAAAGGAAGGAAGUCCCAUUUUUCCCUGGAAAUGAACAGACGUUCGAAACCUGUGCAUUUUCCCCUAAGGGCAAAAGACUGGUGACUAGUGACCGUUCAAACACCAUUAAACUAUGGGACGUUGCUAAACAAAGGUUGCUGUCGUCGCUUUUUGCUGGAUUUCCUGUUGAUUGUUGUUCUUUAAGCGUCACAGGGUUAUUUAUUAUUGCAAAUUCAGAAUCUUCAUCUUAUCCGGGUUAUUCGUUUUGUGUUUGGAACGCUAUCACAUUACAAAGAAGUGAUAAGCGAAAAUUAUCUCACGUGGAAAGUGUGAAGCCGGUUGUGUUAAAGAGUAGGAAAUGUGAACGAUGUUUUCAGCGGGGAUUUGAGAAACCAAAUAUUAAACGGUUAAAAAUAUGGAAGUGUUGGGGUCAUUCUCAUAAAAUUUAUUGUCCAUGGAUCUGCAAAGGUGUGGAGUGUAUUUUUUCUUCGGAAGAAUUUUGUUAUUCGAGUGACACAGAAAGUAUUCCUUUGACUGCGAUUGUUGCUUGGAACUAUCUUGUUUCUGCUCCUCGACAGAUUUUUGCUAAUAUGACACUUUUCGGAGAUAAUCUGUGGCUCUAUUCAGAUAAUGAAAAACUAAUUGUCUUUAAAACAUUAGUUCCUAAACAGGACCAUUCCUGUCUGUCACAGGCAACGGAAGUUUUUUCGAGUUCGUUUUCUCCUGACGGUUCUCGACUUGCAUCCUGCAACUCAGAUGGAUAUAUCAACGUAUGGAAUGUCUAUAGCAGCCAAGUUGAACAACGUUUCAAAAGCAGGCAAUGCAGAUCAAUAUUUUUAUGCUGGUGGUCGGAAGAUUUCUUGUUUGUUAUUAGUCCAUUUAUUAACGGGAUUCCCAAAUUAACGCGAUACCCGGUAGAUGACAAUUUAAAGAUCGUGUUUACUCACAGUCAGGACGUGGCGCUGUGUCAUUUAUCUAUCAGGUCUGACAUCCGAUUUUAUACGCUUCGUUUUUCUGAAGGCUUUGUCGGCUUGGCUCUCGGAAGGAAUGAACCCGUGAAAUUUAUCGAUGUCAGAGAUGCUGAUGGUCCUGUAAUGGUCAAUUUGCCUGGAAUUGAGCCGGAGAUGGAAGUGGAAAUCUCGCCCGGUGGUGCCUUUAUCUCUGGUUGUAAUAAGAAUAAAUGUUAUAUUUGGAAAAGAAAUACCGAAAACCCAACUUCAUAUGAACUCUUUUAUCACUGUGAAGCUGGAAGAUCUGACAGAGAUCGGUCUGUCAUCUUCCCUUAUUUCGUAAUUUUCAGUAAUGAUUCCAAAGUCGCAGUAGUCGUGGACCACAGUACUGAUAAGAGUCAGAUAAUUGAUCUGGAAACUGGUUAUUCUCAAAAUGUAACUCCUGCAUUCCGCCCCAUUCCUUUAUUGAGGUCAUUUUGUAUUCACAAGAGUAGAAUUGUAUUAACUUUAUCUGAUCACAUGAUAACAUUUCAUGACAUGGACUCUGGCGCGAUUCUCGACGCUUCCUAUCAACCAUACUUCAAGACUCUUUGGCUACGCGAAACAAUUCAACUUUCCCCAAAAGAAGACGUGCUGGCUUUUCCUGACAACAAAGGUGAUAUGGUGUUUCUUCGACCAAAUCCUUUGUUGGACGAUAUUAAGCAGUUGCUUUCAGGGACGAUAUUGAGCGAGGUGCAUUAGUUUAACCGCUUUUAACCGGAAAAAAUUUUGUUACAUGUAGAGUUUCCCCGCAAGUUGUUUAUACCAAUUAAAUGCAAAUAACUUUGUUCUUAAAAAUAACUGAAGUGAACUCGUUCACACUAGGACGAAAACCAAUAGGAGAAGACUUAGUUGAUAAAGACUUUGUUAUGAACGACAGAUGUUUUGAAACUGAGAUUUCGGUUAGGAUAUUUCAUAAUGGAUUUAGUGAACAAUGCCUUAUAAAACUAUCAUCAAGAACAUUGUUUUCGGGCAGCGGCUAGACUUUGCUUGGAGCUGGUCCAGAAUGGAGAAGUAAGACACCUCCUUCCCUCCGUUUGUCUGGGAGUUCACCUUGGGCAAGUGAUAGCACUCCCUUGCCUCCCUAACUGGGGUUACAGUUUGUUAA